AUGUCUGCUCACCAGGGAAUUGCCAGAGCCGGGUACCGGUACUUUGGGACAGAGCGCAACUCGUCGUCCAAAGUGCCGGCCAAAUCCCGUCGACGCGCCCGCCGCUCCCGUCCGCGCCUCCCAUCCGAUCCCGCUCGCCCUUCUGACCAGCCGGAGACGAGCGUGCAGGGCCGCACCGUCGAGAUGCUCAACUCACGCCGCGCCUUCGUCGCCGCCGCCUUCCUCCUCACCCUCCUCUUCCUCCUCUCCCGAUCCCAUCAUCCGGCCCUCCGGACAAAGGCACCGCCCCCGGGCCCCGACGCCGACGGUCGUCCUGCCGAUGCCGCCCCCGCCGACGGCCACGCGGCCACGGCCGAGAGCAAACCGGCGCCCCAGAAGCCCCUGGUCGACAUGUCGCGCCUGUCGACGUACGACAAGCUCCUGUACGCGUACCCCUACGACGUCGAGACCAAGUUCCCCGCCUACAUCUGGCAGACGUGGAAGACGACGCCGUCCGACACCGACUUUUCCUUCCGCGAGCAGGAGGCGUCCUGGACCGAGCAGCACCCGGGCUUCGUGCACGAGGUCAUCACCGACGACGUCGCCGUCAGCCUCCUCCGCCUGUUCUACGCCUCGGUGCCCGAGGUGCUCGAGGCCUACAGCGCCCUGCCACUGCCGGUCCUGAAGGCCGACUUCUUCCGCUACCUCAUCCUCUACGCCCGCGGCGGCAUCUACUCCGACAUCGACACCUACGCCAUCCAGAGCGCCCUCGAGUGGAUCCCCGAGCGGAUCCCGCGCGAGUCCAUCGGCCUCGUCAUCGGCAUCGAGGCCGACCCCGACCGCGUCGACUGGGCCGACUGGUACAGCCGCCGCAUCCAGUUCUGCCAGUGGACCAUCCAGAGCAAGCCCGGCCACCCGGUGCUGCGCGACAUCAUCGCCCGCAUCACCAACUCGACGCUCGCGCUCAAGCGCUCGGGCAAGCUGGCCAGCUUCCAGGGCAAGGACGUCGUCGACUUCACCGGCCCCGCCGUCUGGACCGACACCAUCAUGAGCUACUUCAACGACGAGCGCUUCUUCGACAUGAAGAACAGCAAGGGCAAGAUUGACUGGCGCAACUUUACCGGCAUGGAGACGAGCAAGCGUGUCGGCGACGUCGUCGUCCUCCCCAUCACGAGCUUCUCCCCGGGCGUCGAGCAGAUGGGCGCCAAGGACUACGACGACCCCAUGGCCUUUGUCAAGCACGACUUUGAAGGCACGUGGAAGCCCGAGAGCGAGAGGCACAUUGGCGAGCAGCAAGAGGGCGAGGAAGCCCCGAAGCAAUGA